UUUUAUUUGUUUUUUAUAUCUUCACCGCGUCCCUUCGCUGUUCCUCCUUAUUUUCCCAAGAGAGAAAACACCAUUUUCGCUUUAUGCUUUGCUUUGCUUUGCUUUUGAGCAACAAGAAAAUCAUUAAGCCCCAGCUAAAAAUCUCACGAUUGCUUCUUCAUAACUCAUGAAAAAUCAACAAAAUUUCAUCUUAUGAGUGAUGACGCUCUGUAAUCUGAAAAUCAGAAGUUUAAUCCUUCGAAUUUUCAAUUUCAAAGGUGGGGUUUCAUGGGUACUGCUCUGUUUCAUGUUUCACGGUUUACCGUAUGCUGUGGGGCAGUAUCAAACUGUGCCAGCACCACCACCGCCGUUCAAUGGGUUUCCACCGAUCGGGCCGAAAUUCAACCCAUCCAUGGCGAUCGUCAUGGUGCUUCUUAUCUGCACGUUCUUCUUCUUGGGGUUCUUUUCUGUUUACAUCCGGCAGUGCGCGGAACGGGGGAUUCGUGGGGGGAAUUUUAAUGGUUCCUUUGGUUUAGGCCGGCUGUCGAGGAGGGUGGCGCGUGGACUUGAUCCGGCGGUGAUCGAGUCCUUUCCUACAUUCCCGUACUCGGCGGUGAAGAAUCUCAGGAUUCGGAAAUGUGCACUUGAGUGCGCCGUGUGUUUGAACGAGUUUGAGGACGACGAAACGCUGCGAUUGAUUCCGAAUUGCAACCACGUCUUUCAUCCUGAUUGCAUCGACGCCUGGCUGUAUUCUCACUCAACGUGUCCCGUUUGCCGCGCCAACUUGGUUCCGAAGCCCGGCGAAGACCACUCCGGCGCCACGUUCCAGAUCAUUUACCCAGAUGCAGAAACAGAAACCGAAAGCCAACACGACAAUGACGAUGGAAAUGAAGCAAGAAUUAAUGUAAUAGAAUCAUCUCCCGACGUGAAUUUAAUAAGUAACCCAGUGGUGGCGGUGACUGAGAACAGACCGCCGAGAUCAAGGUCGACGGGAUGGAGUUUAACCGCAUUGUUUCCACGUUCUCACUCGACGGGUCAUUCCCUGGUUCAACGUGGUGGGGACUCUGAGCGGUUCACGUUAAGGUUACCGGAGGAAGCACGGAGGGAGCUGAUGACCUCGACAUUGAACCGUACGACGAGUUGCGUGGCGCUGCCCAGGGCGGCGAGUUCAAGGAGAGGUUAUAGAAGUAGAAGCGGAGGGAGGUAUGAGCGGAUCGAGCGGCCGGACGGGUGGGGGUCCACCUUGACACCACCAUUUUUCACAAGGGCGGGUUCGCUACGAUCCUCGAUAUCGACGAGCACUGAUCAGGCGGUGGGUACACUGCCGAAGGGUUUGUUUAAGUCUGUUAGGUCUCCAUUUGAUCAACUGGUGUUCGGAAGGGAUGAAGAAACCGGUGAACGGUCAUCGGACCUACUCCGGCACGAAAGUCAAGUUUAGUAGUUGCUGGUUCGAUUUUGGGAGUUGACCAAUUGAGAUUUCUCUCUGUACAUAGGGAUUUUCUUUCCAUUUUUUGUCAAUUUAAUUUAUUUGAAGUAAAAGGCAAAAAGACUAAUAUAAGGAUGUUUUGGUA